AUGCGUUCAGCGUUAUCAGGGACUCCAGAGGGUUCCCUACGCUGGUUUGAACGACAGAGAAAGACAGAAAACCCUAGUUUGUGCUCCUCCCCAGACAUUGAAUUCAACCUGACGGGCAGCUACGGCAGCCCGGUCCACACCAACCACAACUCCAACUACAGCUCCAUGCCCUCCCCAGACAUGGACCAAUCCGAUCGCAAGCAGCAGCACGACCAGAGCCGGCGCCCACUAAGCGUCGCCACUGAUAACAUGAUGCUGGAGUUUUACAAGAAGGAUGGAGUAUUCACGCAUCCAGUGAAUCCUGACCCCCGCCAGCCCACGCAGAGCAUUAGGAAGAUACAAAGUAUGGGUGUGCGGGUUAUGGAUACCUCCUGGGUGUCUCGGAAGGGAUCAUCCACGUUGGCGCGUAAAGCCUCCUCCACCCCGCCGGGCAUGCAGGGCUCUGGAUCCCCCGCAGACUCGCUGAUCCCCGAGCAACCUGGGGAGCUCACCACCUCCCCCUCGGCAACACCGCCCCCGGGAGAAAGGGUUUGCUCAGACAACGUGUCGCCCAUUCGGCCGGACACCUCUCAUGCCCACCCACCCCCUGGGGAGGACCGGCCACCCCCCCCUUACCCCACCUCCUCGUGCCACACUGCCCCACACCACUUCUAUCCCAAACCCCCGCCCUGCGCUCGCCCCGUGGCACCAGGUCCAGAGUCUCAACCCCCCGCCUCACCCCCGCCCCCCUUGCGCUGGUCUGGCUUCAUUCCCCCAGCCCCGCCCCCUUCCUCCUCUUCUUCCUCUUCCUCCUCGUCUCUUGACAUCAAUUCGAACCCCAAACCCAGCUGUCUACACUUCCCCAAGCACAGCCCCCCUGGUGACAUGUCGCACGCCCCCCCGCCAGACACUAAUGCGUCACCACUGUACAUCAAAACCCCCUUGGUACUAACCCGCCAUGACCAGUCCCUUGGCAACCCCCCUAGCCUUCCUUCGUCUGCGCCCCCGCCCCCACCGUGGGCUGCCUGUCCAUGUGCCCGAGAGAGAGGACCCCCCAGGCUGACUAGUUCACUGAAGAGUAAAGAGCUCUCCCCUGUAAUUGGACACAAAGCCAUCCAGGUGGCAGGUCCAACAGUUCCCCCCAGCAGUAGUCCUCAGAGCAGCAGCCAAUGCCCCCACUCCACAGAGCACAGUCCACACAGUCUGCGUAAAGGUUCCAAGAAACUGGCCCCUGUGCCUCCCAAAGUCCCAUAUGGCCAGUCUGGUGGGAUGUCCGACCAGUCCACAGGUCAGCCGUCACCAGUCAGCCUGUCCCCCACCCCUCCUAGUACCCCUUCUCCUUAUGGACUGGCUUGCCCUCCGGGGCAGGUGCCCCCAUCAUCCCCUGGGCAAACCCCACUGGGGGCACCCCACUCACUUUCGUCCCCGCCUUCCCUGACCGGAACACUCACCAAAUCGCGACCUGCCCCUAAGCCCAGGCAAAGGCCCAGCCUGCCCCCACCUCAGCCGCCAACAGCGCCCCCGGGGUUCACUGGCCCAGGCACAGCACCCAUACCCCAGCCUCUGGAGCAGGGUCUUCUGGAUGGCCUAUCACCUGGGGAGAGCAUGUCUACAGAUAUCUUCAAUUAUGAAAUCCCCUCCAUCAAUGUCAAUCUGGACAGCCUCAUCGAUGAGUUCAGCGGUGCCCCCUGCAGGAGGUCCCUGGCAGUGACAGACUCUCCAGAGGGGGAUGCUGUGCCUGAGGAGGAGCCCCAGAGCACCACUCUAUGACCUCUGACCCUAAGGCAUCACAGCUUACCAGCACCCCUAUGGCUGUACAUACUCUUUAACUGUCGCCGCCAAGGCCUGAUGGAAAGAAAACACCAAUUGGCCUCACCAAUGCCCACCUGAAACCAGAACUCAAACCCUCCCUCACAUCCGCUAGAGGCUGCGACGAAACUCAUCCCUUACAAUUGCUCGCUAGUCCAUAAAUAAAUGUGACUACAAAACAAAA